GCCAGUGUGCUCUCAAAUGCUCGAGAGGAAGUUACGCUGAGGUUUGCUGUCGACGUGGUAGUGGCGGACUAUGUACUUGAGAAAUAUGUUGCUUUAGUCGGUCUUAAAGGAAAGAUAUGACAAUGAAAAUGACUUGAUUAAUAUUGAGGGAGAGACCCAUGUGGAUAUGUAACAGAUGUUUUUUCGUGAUGUUGCCAAAAGAAAAAGAACAUGGUAGAUCGGUACUGAAAGGUUAUAACAGUUCAGGGAUAUACCGUUGGCAUUUAAUCUAAGUGUUUCCGUGCAUCUGUCUAAGCAGACCACUUGAUAUCCGAACCUAAUAAGGAUCGAGGAACGAUGGUUGCAGUUGUGUCUGGUGGCGGGGCUACCAGCUACCUCUCCCAGAUGGUAAGGCAGAUGAGCGUAAAGGUAACACUGCUAUUAGUCCUCCUAACUGCGGGCGGAGCGAGAGCCGACACACCUAUCGUAAUGGGCGUGCAACUGUUUGUCAAUAACACGCCCACGGAGGUGUUGGAUGUUACUGAGAAGGAGACGUUAGUAGUGAGUUUCCAGUUGGAUGCCCAGCCUGAGGACGCGUCUGGGCUGGUGGUUGUACAGGAGAACAGCGCCGACAGUUUCGGACACGUGAAAAUAUGGCCGGAUAGCUUCCCCUUAAAGGAAAUGGAGGGCGAUCUAACGGGUACAUUCAACAUGACGGGGACUUUCCUCGGGUUUUCGAAGCUUCAGUUCCUGUUGGUGGCUCCCGAUGGAGAGCUACGGGCACUGAGCAAUGAAACUAAUGUUAUGGUCCAGCGCGCAGAUAAACUUCACGACCAGAUCUUCACAGCAGCCAUGAUAAUUUUAGUGGCCAUCGCUUAUACCAACAUGGGAUGUGCCAUUGACUUGGAAAUCAUUAAAAGGACACUGAAAAAGCCUGUAGCGCCGGCUAUAGGUCUAGCAUCGCAGUAUUUAUUUAUGCCUCUGACAUCUUACACGCUGGGAUACUUUCUGUUCAGUGACUCCCCUGCGCUGUGGCUCGGGCUCUUCAUUAACGGCUGCUCUCCUGGUGGCGGAGGCUCGAACAUCUGGACGUACCUGCUGGGCGGUUCCCUUGACCUCUCCGUCACCAUGACCUUCGUUUCCACCAUAGUUGCUUUCGGGGCCAUGCCUAUGUGGGUGUACCUGCUCGCCAGCACCAUUUUCCAAGACGGCAACUUCGACUACAUUCCGUACUCGAAGAUGGCGCUGAUGGUGGUGGGGCCGGUGCUGCCGUGCGUCCUCGGGGUCGCCCUGAAGAUGUUGCUGCCGAAGGUGGCCAAGGUGCUCGAGAAACUGCUUACGCCCGUGGCUGUUAUCUUCAUCAUCUUCGCCAGCACCUUUGGCGUCUACGUCAAUUUUUAUAUUUUCUAUUACUUCACUUGGAAGGUGGCGGUAGUGGGCAUGGCUCUUCCCUGGCUGGGUUUCCUGUUCGGCGGAGUGAUGGCCAUUCUGUGCAAAAGGCAAUUCGCGGAGGUGGUCGCCGUCAGUAUCGAAACGGGCAUUCAGAACACCGGCCUUGCUAUAGGAGUCAUCAAGUUCGCCCUCCAGAAAUUCUCUCCUUUGGGCGACAUCACCGUCGUGGUGCCAGUUGCGGUGGCCACGCUCACCCCGAUCCCACUCCUGUUGGCGUUCCUGUCCAAGCGACUGUACGAACGGCGCCGCAGGUCCAAGCUCGAGGGCAUUGACGGGCCUUGUGAGAAUCCCGAUGAUCCCACGGCGUCUCCCUCCUCCUCCAACCUGAAGAUGACGCCGGCGAACUCACAGACGCCGCUUAGUAGAGACCUAAAGAAGUAGAGCAUUUGCGGAGGGUUGUUUGUCCUCUUGUUUCCUCAUCUUGUUUUUAUUUAUGUUUUUUUUUUUUUUUUUUAGAAAAUAAAGAUGUAUAUGUGAUCGAGUAUCCGUGAGGUAUUCAUAAGAAUGUGUUAAAGUGCGUGUCAAGUAUGUGUGAAAGUGUUGCAUCAUUUUAAUUCAUGGAGGCUUUACUGUAUAUACGAGAUAUCACAGGAGACUGUCCACUUCAUGUAACUGCAAGGAGAGACUAGGAGGCUCAUUCAGUAGAAACGUUUAUAUAUAUAUGUGAUACCAGUAUAUAUGGAUCUCAUACCAUUUCAUUUUGUAUGUUCUGUAUUUUAUAUAUGAUAUUAUAAAGAAUAUAUAAUCACUUAAUAUCAA